UGGAAAUACUACAAGGAAACCGGAGAAGUUAUUUACAAAAAGUCGCAAAGGAAUUCAGAUCGACCUAAUUCAUUUACUUCUAAGCAUGAGCAGCACAUUCAGCAUAUAGUGGAAAAAGACUUGCAGCUUUGUGCUGAUGACAUUACCAACCCCCUGACAUCGCAAUUUGAGAACUUCAAGAUCUCGAGGUCUCAAAUGAACCACCAUUUGAGAAACAACAUGCUCAUUACAAUCCAGAAGCCAACCUUCGACCCUAACGCAAGAAACUCUGAAAAUAAUUUGCAAACAAGAUACGAGUGGUUCAUGAAGUAG